CCCAGUUAGAAAGUAACCGUUGGGGAGGCGGGAAGGUGCUGGUGGUUUGAAAGCUGGUGGGUGCAGGUGGUUUCUGUGUGUCUGUCCCGCUUCCCCGGGCAGGCCUCGCACUAUGGCUAAUAUAAAGACAGAAGAUGAAAUAAUCCUUUUUGAAAGAGAAAUGAAAGAGUUUUGGACCAAAUUAAAAAGCAUUUAUGGCACUGAACAGAUCAAUCAGACUUUAGCACUGAGAGAUUCGUGCAAGGAGUCCAUAAAAGCACUGUCAGAGAAAUGGUCCAAGAAGCUGAAAGAAGGGGACCUGAUGAUUGAAAAAAUUGAGGAGUAUAGCAAUGAGAUUCUCCAGCAGAGCCAACGUAUAUCAGAAAAUCAAGAGCAUUUGACAGAAAUAAAAUUUAACCUAAAUCAAGAGCAGCAGCAAAAGAAGGACUUGACUGUCAGCGUCCAAGAGCUUAAAGAAGAGUUGAUGAAGAAAAAGGAAGUAAUAUCUUCUAAAAACAAAGCCGCUAAGGAGAGAGUGGAACGACUAUGCAAGUCUAAAGUAUUGUUUGAAGAGCGACUUGGACUGGAGAUACGCAGAAUUCACAAUGAGCAAUUACAGUUUAUAUUCAGACACAUUGACCACAAAGAUCCUGACAAGCCGUAUGUGUUCACCCUUUCCAUAAAUGAACAGGGAGAUUAUGAAGUGACUUCCUGUACUCCUCCUCUGGACUGUAUAGAAGAGUUCCAGCUCAAACUUCUUGUCUGGAUGCCUAUUUCUGUUUUUAGUAACAGAGCCAUUUGAUGUGAAUGUGGUUCUUGAACACAGCAUUGAACAGGAGCAAGUGGGAACUUUUUAUCAAUUUGAUCAGAAGUCCUAGUGAUCAGAGACAGAACCCUGCUGUAGCCCAGAGGUUCCUGGCUCCCACAACACCCAGCUGCAGAAAGGCUGGCCUGAAACUUGAACUGCAGUGGUGUAUGAGUAACACCUAUAAUUUUACCAGUUCUAGUGUUUUACUGGGUGUGUUUUAGAACAGACUAGUCAUUUUGCUUUAUUACAUAAAGCAAGUUACAAUGAAGGACUAUUUAUCAUUGUCACUGGAAAUCUUAAGAUAUGUAAGUAUAAUGUAUUAAAGUAUGAAAUACACAGAUAAUUUCUCUACUGUAUCUUAGAGCUUAUCAAGACUUACUGUUGCUGUACUCAGCUCUGAUUAAAACUGAUCUAUCUUACUUGUAAAGCCUUUUCCUUUUCACAACAUAUUUAAAUGGACAGCUGCAACAAGAAAGAAAACUCUUUAUUUGAUAAUAUAAUAUAGCUUAAAUAAAAUCUUACUCAAUUCAGUCCUGGAAGUUCUAGUGAAGUAAAAGGACCAUUUGAAGUGAAAACUAAUGCUGAUCUCUCUCAAAUAUUUAAGAAUAAUAAAUCAAUAUCUAAGUACAUAAAAAUGACAAUAACUCUAAAUAUCUCUUU